AUGUUCGCGCUCUCCCGCCUCGCCCGCGCCUCCGCCGCCACCGCCGCCGUGGCGCGCGUGGCGACCCCUUCGCUGCUGCUGCAGGCCGCGCGCUGCGUGUCGUACGUUGCGCCCCCGCGCGUGUCGGCGGACAAGAGCUACCGCUUCGGACUCAAGCUGGACGACGUGAAGCCGCAGGACGACGAGGAGGAGAAGGCACUGGCGCAGCUCAAGGCCGUGCUGAGCCUGCGCAACGCGUCGCAGCACGAGCUGAACAAGGCGCAGGUGGCCACGGCCAUCGAGACGUUCCAGCGCUUCCCGGGCGACACGGGCUCGAGCGAGGUGCAGAUCGCCGUGCUCACGCAGAAGAUCCUGCGCUGCACGACGCACGCGCAGCAGCACAAGAAGGACCACCACUCGCGACGAGGCCUGAUCGCCAUGGUGGAGAAGCGGCGGAAGCUGCUCAAGUACCUGCGCCGCAAGGACCUGCACAAGUUCCGCGAGGUCGUGGCGGCGCUGGGGCUCCGCUUCACGUAA